UUCAUACAAACACCGACUGUCCAGAAAGCCGUUGAGUUAGUAAAGCCGUGGAUUGACGACAGCGGAGGCGGCGGCAGCACCGGUGGUGGUCACGUGCUGUUUACCGGUCGUAAAGGCUGCGGAAAGACAGCGCUGGCCGCUCAUACCGUAUUAUCUACCGGUUCGGUAGUUACUAUUAACUGYACGCCCGAUACCAGUUCGACACAUAUUGUCAAUGCAUUGAAGAGCUCCUGUACGAUGAGCACCAGUGGAUCGUCAAGAGUGAUGCGUUCGGCCACCAACAACAAGAUCUGCAUAUUUGUCAAAAAUAUGGAUCUAUUGACUGCUGACAAAUGGGCCACCAAAUCGGUKGUUGCAUUUCUUACUCAGCUCAUCACUUACGGUGGACUGUACGACAAUGUCAGUCACGACUGGAUCCAGAUGACCCGUUUCCAGGUGGUGGCCACCUGUGCUCACUAUAGUUGUCUGGACACACGACUAGUAUCGCUGAUGCAUGUCGUAGAGGUAGAUCUACCGCCGGCCCCAGAGUUGGAGACCAUUUUUAUGGCCAAAAUGCCGAACAACUGUCCGUACGGACAGYUGUUUGUCAARUCUUUUGGCCGAAUCUGUCAUUCCAGCGAAUUGCAGACCUAUAACGAGGAAACACCUAUUGAUUGGCUGCGUGUGGGCGCAGAGAUCAUCGAUUCGCUCAAUUAUUAUAGCGAUGUCGAUAACAGUGUCAUGCGGUACGAGUUUGGACGUGCAUUAGGCUCUCAGAUGACGGUUGACCCGAACACUKGCGGCCAAAACAUACUAAAUUCAGCACUGACUUCAGUGUUUGGUACGGCUGCUGACAAAUCGAUAGUCUAUGUUAGUCUCAACGGUACGGCUAAGUUGACAGCUCAAACCAGUGACCAGUUUGUUGGGCAUAUUAAGCGCACCGUUAGUUCGUUGGUCAACGAAACCGAGAUACAGGAUCCACAGUUGGCUAUAAUACCCGAAACGAUAGCCCUGUUUGCCGAGUGUACGACGUUUCUCAAGGAUGCCAAUAAUGAUGAUAAACUAGUGAAAGGACUGGUAUUGUUGGGCAGCAGCGGUUCAGGUAGAAAAUUGGCCGUUCGGGCCAUUAGUCACGCCUUUGGCUACGACACAGUCUGGUGGCCUAAACAGGCAUACAAUGAGAAGCAAUUAUCCUCCGAAUUGACAACACUGUUGACCGGUGGUAGUGGCAGCGCCAGCGAUGAAGACAGAGGUACUGGCGAUAGAAAAGUGUUGAUAAUUGUCGACGAAAUUCACCUGAAGCUGACCACACAUCUCAGAGACAGUAUAUAUCGUAUGCUCAGCGAAAGUAACAGUAGAUCCAUUGUUCGGGUAGUACUUGUUCUCAACAAAUACAACGCCAUUGCCGAACAAAUGUGGGGCCGUGUGUGUCACAUACAUACCUGUCCCAUGUGGUCCAGUGGUUCGCUCGUACAGUUUCCGCAACUGUUGAUACCGGAUAUUGUCGGCAACAACAACAACACCGGCGGUGGUGACCAGGAAUUGGCCAAAAAGUUUUAUACUAUUUACAAUUUAUUUGCUAAACAAUUGGUUGCCGAAAAACAGGAGUCACGUAAAUACAUGGCAUUCCUGCGGAUUGUCGAACAGAUCUAUGUCGAUAAGUCGGUUGAAAUUGAAAAACGUAGGGAACAUUUGCGGACAGGUGUGGCCAAACUGGAAGAUGCCAGCACUGAGGUAGAGAAGCUAAGARCGGAGGCUACCGAACAACGGGAACUGUUGGCYGUUAAGCGACAGGAAGCCGACGAUGCGUUGAAUUUGAUUACCAAUUCAAUGCAUGGGGCGGAGGAUCAGAAAGUCGAAUUGGAAGAGAUCAGGGAACGGACGGAACGGGAGACCCAGAAGCUACAGGUGCGCAAAGUAGAAAUCGAUGCCGAGCUCAGGCAAAUCGAACCGGUCCUACAGCAGGCCAAACAAGCCGUCGGAGCCAUACGUAGUGAAUCGUUAUCGGAAAUCCGGUCGCUGCGGGCGCCGCCCGAAGUUAUACGCGAUAUACUUGAAGGUGUACUCCGUUUGAUGGGUGUUAACGACACUUCAUGGGUGUCGAUGAAGUCGUUUCUGUCGCGUCGCGGCGUUAAAGACGAAAUCAUGAACUUCGAGAGCCGUAAGAUUACGCCCGAUAUGCGUGUAAAGGUCGAGACACUACUCCAUAAUCAUAGCGACAGUUUCGAGCCAUCGGCAGCCAAACGGGCGUCGGUAGCGGCGGCACCGCUGGCCGAAUGGGUCAAAGCUAACGUAUCGUUUAGCCGAGUCCUACACAAGAUUAGGCCACUGGAAGAUGAACAGAAUCGGCUGGAAUCUGGCCUACGGUCGGCUCAGACCCGAAUGAAAUCGUUAAGCAAUCAACUGGAAGGAGUCGAGACAGAGGUCGGCGCUCUACGCAAUCGACUCAAUCAGGUGACCAUAGAGGCGGCACAGAUAGAAGUUGGUCUCAAACAGACCAAUCAAACACUGACUCAGAGUGAACGUCUCAUUGAUGGCCUGAGCGGUGAGUUUACCCGUUGGAAGCAACAGCUGCGGGACAUUGACGACAGUGUCCGAGCUCUACCCGAACAGGCGCUCAUUGCCGGCGCAUAUAUCAUAUUCUGUAGCGGCGAGCCGUCGCGCGAACGCCGACGCCAAUUGUUGACCUCCCUGUGCUCGGCAAUCGGUAUACCAGAGUUUGAUUUGUUAGCCUUUCUCGACUGUCCAGCCGAAGAUGAUGUGUUCGUACGGGUCGGGUCGCCAGCACACGUCACACCGUUCAUAUACGAUCCUUCUCGUAAGGCAUUGGCCACCAGUUUUGAUGGCCACGGCAGCAACUAUGAAGUUACGGAUAUGCGCAGUCGGGAUUGGGUUAAAGUACUUGAGCUGAGUCUACGGUUUGGCCGAACACUGGUUAUCAACGAUUUUCAGCGCAUAGAGUAUCCGCUGCUACCGGUGCUCAGGCAUGAGGUCUAUGGCAGCGCUGAGACCAGAAACUGGAUAUUUAUUGGCGACAAACGAGUCGACUAUAAUCGUAAUUUUCGACUAUAUCUUAUCGGUCAAGAUAUCAGCACCGGUACGGCAAUGGAACCUUUGUUUAAUUUGGUUAAUCUGUCGCCCAGUAGUAGCGGUAUGUCGUCGGCACUGUUAAGUUUGGUCAUACAGUGUCGACGGCCGGAACUGGAGGUCAAGAAGCUGGAGAUCGAGAAAGAAAAACUCCGAUUGGAAGCAGAACUACGGGAUUUGGAGUCGAAAUUGUUGGCCAAACUAAUGGAGUCGACGGGAAACAUACUGAACAAUACGGAACUGAUUGCCAGUCUACAGGAACUGAAACAGUCGGCCCUGCAAGUGGAACAAUCGCUCCGGGAGUCAGCCCGUGUGGCCGAUGACCUACACCGCGAACGGGCCGAAUACGAUGUGUUGGCACAGUUUGCAUCGCAAGUCUAUUUUCUGGUCAGAGAGUUGGUAACAUUGAACCCGAUGUAUAGGUUCGGCGUCGUCGAGUAUGAGACUAUAUUUCAGGAGUCGUUGCUCAACCACAAAGAGUUAGGACCGAAUCAAUUGCUUCAGGAUGUCUAUAAUUAUGUAAGCCGUGGGCUCUUCCCUGAAGACAAAAUCAUAUUUGAAAGGUUUGUCCGCAAGAGAUGCACCAAAGAGUCGCAAACACUGCACUCGGACGCCGACAAUAUGAAUGUCCGACAAUUUGUUCGGCACGUAUACGGCGCCGACAAACGGGUGGCCCUAAUCAUGACUACGCCAGGCAGCGAUCCGACCGGCGAAGUGGCACAGGUAGCCGCUGAACUCGGUAUCCGUAAUCCGACAAUUAUGUCGAUGGCUUCGGACGUUAUUGGCAGAGCUGAACGUGCCGUCACCAGUGGUGGUACCGGUGCCGGCAACGAUGACAGUAUUGAAUUAUUGUGUCUAACAAACUUACAUCUAGUCAUAGGGUGGCUCCCGGUACUAACCCAUUUGCUAAUGAGUGACACUCAUAGUAAUAGUAAUAAUAAUAGGACUAUACACGGGUCGACUGCUCCGAAAACUACUACUACUACCUCUACAACUACUGGGAAGUCAUCGAAAUUAUUUGUCAUAUUAUGCACCGAACGGUGCGAUGAGUUUCCUAUUUCUUUAUUGGAAAUGUCCGUCAAGUUUGCCUAUGAGUCGGCACCGGGACUGCAGCAUCAGUUGAAACGUUUGACAAUGGAUUCCGGUGCCACCAAAUCGAUACCUGAGUUACAAAUACUAAGCUAUUUGCAUGCCAUAUGCUGCGAGCGCCGGCACUUUGUACCCCAGGGCUGGACCAAACCCUAUGAGUUCGGGUUUGCCGAUUUCCGGUCGGCCAGUAAUGUCAUACAGACUGUUAUUGAGGCAAAGGAUCGUCGACUGCGUAUGGAUUUUAUUCGCGGACUACUGGGAACUGUUAUUUACGGCGGAAAAUUAGAUACCAGUGUGGAUGACGGUAUACUACAAGCACUGAUCAACAGAUGGUUUACACCGAAUCGCAAUAGUCGUGAUGUGAUGGAUCCGAGCGAUGAGAUAUCGGUGCUGGGAUUGGCCCGUAAUGUCAAUAAACUUCGACAAACGGCACAGGAGUUCAGGUUGACAAAAGGUUUGCAUGUACUCGAAAAGGCUACCGAUGCCGACAAAAGUGAAGCCGAGUUCGAAAAAUUGCGGUCACUAGCGGGUCAGUUAGCCACAUAUCGGGAUAGACAAUCCCGUAGGCCAAGCAUUCAGAAUACGGGCAAAAAUGUUGCGCCAAUUGACGUCUAUAUCGGUGUUGAGUGUAGUCAAUCGCAACAACUGAUCCGUCAGAUCGACAACGACAUCAAUGACACAGAUAGCCAGCGCCGGCGCCAAACCAUUGGCAAUCAAUUGGUCAACAACGAAACACCCGACACGUGGCUCGAUUUUUGGCCAAACGGACCGCUAAGUGCCGACACGUUUAUCAAAUGUACGGCAUCUAUGUGCAAAGAGAUUGUUAAGCUCCGGGAGAUCGCUGAUAGUGGGAUGGCAUCAUCAUCAUCGACGCGGGACAUGGAGUUUAAUUUGGCGCAUUUGUUUUAUCCCAAUUCACUGGUCAAUGCACUUAAACAACAGGCAUCCAGACGUCUAAAAACAAGUGUGGAUCAGCUCCGACUCUACAGUGCUUGGGGUCGACACACUCUGAGCACUGGCAGUCUAACGAUGCGCUGUUCGCUGGCCGGUAUUGUCAUUGAAGGUGCCGUGUUUGAUGGCCAACAACUACAGGACUGCCAGACAGACAGUCCGCUACAGUCGGAUAUGCCGGCGCUUAGCAUCUAUUUCCUGUCAAAGGACAGUGCCGAGCCGUACGACAGGUCGCAAGUCAUACGAUUACCAUUGUAUGGCAAUUCACGUCGCGAGACAAUUGUCGAGCACCUGGACGUACCCAUUGAAAGGGGAACUGAUCAACAUUGGACAGAGUGUGCCGUUUCGCUAGUCAUUAAAUACAACGUCGCUUAGUCGGAGAAACUAAUAAAAUAAAAAGGAAAUGCCUAAUGAAGCUGA